AUGCUGGAAGCACUGCAGCGAGCCGUCCAGAGCAAACGUGUGUGCUUCAUUACUGGCGCAGGCAUCAGUGUCAAGUCCGGCAUCCCGCUUUACCGUAGCGACCGCCAUGCCACGCAACAGUCCGCCAACCAACAGCUGCAGGAACGUCUCGGCGCGAUUCCUCACGUCUUCGAAGACCACAACGCGUUGCACCGUGCAGAAGCUCCGCCCUCCGACUCUGAACGCGCUUUCUCUAAACCCCGGGGCAGACCACCUCUCCGCAGAUACUUCCACCAAGCUCCGCCCCGGCAGAGGAUGGGCACGGACUCGGGCUCUGGCUCGGAGGACGACGACAUCCAAGUCCUCAUUUCCGACGAGGAAAGAGAGCUACCUCCCAAGUCCAAAGUCCCGGCUGGGCAACUCUCAACCGCUGUGGGGUCUACGGUACCAUGGACUGCGGAACCAGGGAGCGGUGCCGGCAUUCAUUCGGGCAGCACCGAACCGCAGACACACAACAAGCGCACCACCGUCGACCAA